GUGUAUCAUUAUAUUGUUGCUGCUAUCUUCUUUUAAAUAUACUUGAAACAGAAUUUGGACCAAUUUGUUGAGAACAGAUACUUCCUAAACAUGAUGCACUUCAAAAGUGGACUUGAAUUAACUGAGCUGCAAAACAUGACUGUGCCGGAGGAUGAUAAUGUUAGCAAUGAUUCCAAUGAUUUCACUGAAGUGGAAAAUGGCCAAAUAAACAGCAAGUUUAUUUCUGAUCGUGAAAGUAGAAGAAGUCUCACAAACAGCCAUUUGGAAAAAAAGAAAUGUGAUGAAUAUAUUCCAGGAACAACCUCCCUAGGCAUGUCUGUUUUUAACCUAAGCAACGCCAUUAUGGGCAGUGGCAUUUUGGGACUCGCCUUUGCCCUGGCAAACACAGGGAUCCUACUUUUCUUGAUACUUUUGACUUCAGUGACAUUGCUGUCUAUAUAUUCAAUAAAUCUUCUCUUGAUCUGUUCAAAGGAGACAGGCUGCAUGGUUUAUGAAAAGCUGGGGGAACAAGUCUUUGGCACUACAGGAAAGCUGGUAAUCUUUGGAGCCACAUCUCUACAGAACACUGGAGCAAUGCUGAGCUACCUCUUCAUAGUAAAAAAUGAACUGCCCUCAGCCAUAAAGUUUCUAAUGGGAAAAGAAGAGUCAUUUUCAGCCUGGUAUGUGGAUGGCCGUAUUCUGGUGGUAAUUGUUACGUUUGGCAUAAUUCUCCCUCUGUGUCUCUUGAAGAAUUUAGGAUAUCUUGGCUACACUAGUGGAUUUUCGUUGAGUUGUAUGGUUUUUUUCCUAAUAGUGGUUAUCUAUAAGAAAUUUCAAAUUCCUUGUGUUGUUCAAGAGCUACAUUCCAACUCAUCAGCCAGUGUUAAUUCAACAAAUGCUGACAUGUGUACUCCAAAAUAUGUUACCUUCAAUUCAAAAACCGUUUAUGCUUUACCAACAAUUGCAUUUGCGUUUGUCUGCCACCCAUCUGUCCUGCCAAUUUACAGCGAGCUGAAAGAUCGAUCACAGAAAAAAAUGCAGAUGGUUUCAAAUAUCUCUUUUUUCGCCAUGUUUGUUAUGUACUUCUUGACUGCCAUUUUUGGCUACUUGACAUUCUAUGACAAUGUGCAUUCCGACCUACUUCACAAGUACCAGAGUAAAGACGAUAUCCUCAUCCUGACCGUGCGGCUGGCUGUCAUUGUCGCUGUCAUCCUCACUGUGCCGGUGUUGUUUUUCACGGUCCGUUCAUCUUUAUUUGAACUGGCUAAGAAAACAAAGUUCAAUUUAUGUCGUCAUAUCGUGGUUACAUUCAUCCUCUUGAUUAUUAUCAACCUGCUGGUGAUCUUCAUACCAUCCAUGAAGGAUAUUUUUGGAGUCGUAGGAGUAACAUCAGCUAAUAUGCUUAUUUUCAUUCUCCCUUCAUCUCUUUACUUAAAAAUUACAAACCAGGAUGAAGAUAAAGGAACUCAAAGAAUUUGGGCUGCCCUUUUCUUGGGCCUGGGCGUCUUGUUUUCCCUGGUCAGCAUUCCUUUGGUCAUCUAUGACUGGGCCUGCUCCUCCAGUAGUGGUGAAGGCCACUGA